AUGUUCGGCGCACUCAAUAGGUUUAUAGGACGACUCGACAGCGAGGGCGUGCAGCAGAAUGCCAAUGGGCCCGGAGACAACUCGUUUGGCUUUCAAAUACUCCGCAACAAAGAUGCAGACCUGCCACUUGAGCCUUGGUUUGAUUUUAUUAUUGGAAUAAACGGGCAUCUUAUUGAAGAGCCAGACCACAACCUGUUUGUGACAGAAGUGCGCAACUGCGCAGGUUCCAGUGUGUCUCUGGAAAUUUGGAGCGCAAAGGGUCAAAGGACACAUACAAUUUCCAUUCCGGUUUCGAAAGAGAAUCCCUCAUUAGGCCUUACAUUACAACUCGCUCCAUUAUCCGUUUCACAGCACAUCUGGCAUGUUCUGUCAAUACCGUCACCACUUAGCCCCGCUUAUUUAGCGGGCUUGUUAGAACACUCAGAUUAUAUACUAGGAUCGCCAAGCGGCACACUGCGAGGAGAGUCAGCGUUGGGCGAGUUGGUUGAGGAUCAUCUCAACCGGAGUCUAGUGCUUUGGGUAUAUAACAGCGAGUUCGAUGUUGUUCGAGAAGUGGAAUUGGUGCCAACAAGAGGCUGGGGAGGGGAAGGUGCGCUGGGAGCUGUUCUUGGAUAUGGAGCAUUACACAGGCUGCCUGUGGGCCUAGGGGAGGAAGUUGAAGGGCCGGGUGAAGUUGUCUUUGAGACGAGAGAGGACGGGCUUGAGCGACCGGCAGAGUCAUAUGCUACAAUUUCUAACCCUGCAGCUGCCACGGGAAACUAUCUCGUUCCUGCAAACAUGUCCUCGCCUCCUCCUUUAUCGUCACCCACUGCUGCUCCUCCGCGGUCAGGCAAGUCAGCACGAAAGAACCGGCAUACAGGCAUUUCACCCAGUAGGACGUUUGACGAAUAUUUUGCCGAAGGGGAGAAGAAGAGUAAGGAGGAGGAUUUUGCACCUUCACGAAGAGGUACGCCGCUUGCACCGCCACCCAAGGCUGGAGAAAACGAAGCUGCUGGACAGACGUAG